AUGGCCUCUGCCGUCCUCCGCAGCUCUUUCCUCGCAGCCCCUGUCGCUGUGGGCCUUCCGAAGCUCGAGGCAGCUCCGGCUAGGAGAAACCUUACCGUCCGCGCUGGGACCAAGAUUUUGAGAAAUGUCAAGGUCGUUGAGCUCUUCGGCGAGGACAAGACCGGCGGCGUUCGCGGCAAGGUCGUAGGCUCGGACCCAGAAAUCCGCCUCCUUUCACGCGUGGAGGAUCUCCGGUUGCUCUCCAAGGCCGAGCAAGCAGGACUUCUCUCACUCGCAGAGUCCUUCGGCCUCUCAUUGACAGCCAUCGAAGAGCUCGGCCUUCUCUCCAAGGCUGAGGAGUUCGGAAUCCUUUCUGCUGCCACUGACCGGUCCACGCCUGGCACUCUUCAAGCCCUCGCCUUCCUCCUGCUUCUCGCUGGUCCUGCCUUCGUGUACUUCGUGCCUGAUGACAGCACUGGGUUGAUUGUCGCUCAGGUUGUGGUUUCGCUGUUGUGUGCGUUUGGCGGAGCUGCUGCUUUCGGUGCUGGCCAGCUGCUUGCCUCCCUUCAGAAGAAGUAA